UGGCUCUCCAGUUUCACUCGGGACGUCGGUCGGCUCAGACUCGUAGUCUACGCACAACGGUAAAGCGCGCGUGUUUGCUUGCUGCAUCUGCGAGCGAGAGUGUAGGAGGUCGUGUGUUUACGCUUUUGUCACGCAACACGCUCAGCGCCCUGAGUGAGUGAGCUAGUGAGGGUGCCAGCGGGAUGCGAAAGAUUGGGUUUGUGCAGUCAGUUUCCGGUGCGAUUAUGAAGGAAAAGAAAAACAAUAGAAAAGUGAUGUGGUGAUUGUGCUGAAAGUUGUGGAUUCGGCCUACUUUGUCUGUAUGGAAUUGAGGCAAAAGGUGCCUUCUUUUUUUCGUGUUGCAUGCGAACAACAACGAGAAGAAAAAGAGUGGUGUUCUUUUUGUGUUGGUGUGGCGAUGGUGGAUUUUGUUAGCAGCAGGCCGUGCGCGAGCGAAUGAUGAUAUGAAGAAGAAAAAGUGCGGUGGAAGAAGAAUUCAGCUAAAUAAAGGUUGCUUUGAGAGUACUGGAGGAGAGCGAUAAAAGUGUGCACCACCGUUGCUCCGGAGGAACAUAAUUGGUACCGUUCUGUUCGUUGUUCGAAGCAGCGCGCUCUAAGCGCUCAAACGAAGUCGGCCACAGAAGAAGAUAAAGUGACAACGACAGCUGUGUCGGUGUGAAGUUCUGUUUUGCUGUAGACCGAGAGUUCAAAUCCAAGGCCUACUGCAGCCUCUCAUGAAUGGUGUGGUGUGCGGCGAUGGAGAAGAGGAGAGGUUUGUGAUCGAUUUUGUUGUGAGGCACAGAUCAUCACCUACACACAUACGAUAGGAUAGCUAACCUAUACAUUUCUCGCGAACCGGUUCCUCGCUGCUGACCGGGAUAAGAACGUGAAGAGAACGGUAAACAAAACCUCGGACUAAUCAUCGGUGCGUGUGUUUGUGUUCGGUGCCCUCGUGAAGCAUACGCCUAGGGUUACGUCGAGGACUGCGCCAAUAAAAGCGCAUUACAUGAAACAAGAAGAAGAAAAUUACACGCUUGACUUACCUUCAACUGCAACAACAACAACAACAACAACAGCAACCGUAACGCGGGGUGGGAGAGGGCAGUGUUCCUGGCGCAGUUCCCCAUGUAAAGGUUUUCUGGUGAAACAUGCACACGAUUGCUUCGAUGAUGGCGCAGUGAGCGCUGCCAUAUGAUAUUGCAGUGAAAUAAUUAUAUUUAUACACACCUCUAUACUGAAGGCACGCUUCAGCGAUCCCACGGUGUCUAAGAUCGAGCGGGGAGCCCGAAGUCCAGCGGUGAAGAGGGUGAAAAUUUGUUUUUCGAUUAAGUGCGAAUAAAAGUGGGAGCGAAAGAUGGAGAGUUAAUUAAGUAAUCGAAGAAAGAAGAAGCAUUCCGAGAAAAGGGAGGAAAGUGUUUGUGUGUGCAUAUAUAUUUAUUUUUUGUGUGUUCCAGAAUUGAGUGCAAAGUCGAGAGAGAAGCCAAAUUAAUGAUUAAUUAAAAGUAAAGUGAAGCAGCAUCCAAGCGCGCUCCGUCAAACUGGAAUAUACAGAGGUGCGCACACACACACGAGCCAAACAGAAAAGAUAAACUGUGUCUGAGCAAACACGCAUCAAAUCCCAGCGGACUUCGAGAUCAACGGGCUGCAACACAUUCCACCAAACAACAAACAGGUCUCUUUUCCCUGCCGAAUGCCAACGGAGAGAACGACGAGAGGUGAUGUCUGUUCCUGCGACAUGUGAUAAAACCUUUAUGCUGUUGGAAUUUUGAUGAGGUGAGUGAUGAAUUCGAAUUGCCAUACGAAAAGGAAAAAAAUGGAUGGAUAGUCAGUAAUGGUUGUUUUUUUUCUUCACUACGAUUUAUCUGGCUGCAUCCAACCACAUACACAGAAGGAGAACGAAACAUUUAUGUCUGUACGUGAAAAACGAAUCGACGGCCAUAUCUAAGAACGAUAACAAACAACGAGGUAAACAAGGCAUAACUAAGCAGCAGCUGUGAACAAACGAGACGAGGCACGCGCGCGUUUUCGCUUUAAUGAUACCACAUCAAAGCUAACGGUGGCGAUAGCAAGGUAGAUUCAAAAAAAAAAUCAAACCCCAACCUGGAACCUAAAACCGACACAGCACAACGAUGGACGACUAUCACCAGCGAUGCCAGCGGGGGAGAUGGCGCUCUGCUGCUGCUGCGGUAGUGUUUCCUUCCCUCUGGACCACCGGACUGAUCGUGACGACCCUGCUGAUGCUGCUGCUGGCCGGAAGCACGGGAGCGGAGACGGAAAAGGAUUUCACCCAGCAGUGCAACAAGUGUCGGUGCAGCUGGAAGAGCGGCAAAAGAAAUGCGGACUGUACCAGCCUGGGGCUCGAGUUCAUUCCGAACGAUUUGAGCUCGGAGCUGCAGCUACUCGAUCUGUCCAACAAUCGGAUCGGAGAGAUCCGCGCGCACGAGUUGAUGCAUGGGAAUCAGCAGAAUUUACACAAGCUGUACAUCAAAAACAGCACGAUCGAAAGUUUGCACCGGGAUGCGUUCCGGAAUCUGUUGAUCCUGAUCGAGCUGGAUCUGUCGAUGAAUAAAGUGAAGCGAUUGGAUCCGGGUCUGUUCGAUGAUUUGCUGAAGCUGCGCGUUCUGAUUCUUAACCACAACCAAAUCGAGCGGAUCGAAAAUAAUUUGUUCCAGAAUUUGGUGUACUUGACCAAGGUGGAGCUGCGGGAUAAUUCUAUCUAUCGGAUAGCACAGCACAGUUUCAAUAACGUUCCGAUGCUGUCCCAGAUCGAGCUGGACUUCAAUGAGCUGAGGAUCCUGCGUCGUGAGACGUUUAUUAACUUGGAGAAGUUGGCCAGCCUCUCGUUGACGAACAAUCCCUGGAACUGUAGCUGUGCGCUGCGAAAUUUCAGCGAGUUCAUUAUGACCCGCAGUUUGUAUCGGAAUCCAACGACCUGUGCGGAUCCACCGCUUCUGGCUGGUAAAGGGUGGAACGACAUCCAUCUGGACGAGUUCGCCUGUCGACCACAGAUCAUAGAGAAUCGUAUUAUAUACCCAGGGGAUGGGGAAAACGCCACCAUCACGUGUCGGGUUAUCGGCCAACCGCUUCCCAAGGUGGACUGGUUGUUCCACAAGCGACCGUUUCCCAAGAAUGACAAGCGCCUGAGCGUUACCUAUGCCGUGCGAACGAACGGUAAGGAUUCGAAUGAGAUUCUGGUCUCGGAGUUGACCAUUGUGGGGGUGAAACCCUCGGAUAGGGGCGCGUAUGUGUGCAAGGCGACCAAUACCGGUGGGACGGAUGAGAGCGAACAGUUCUUCGAUCUGAAGAAGGAACCCGCCAAAAUUCCGCCCAAUCGAACGAACGAUAUCCUGUGGAUCGUUCUGUUUGUGGUGCUUGCCAUUCUGCUGAUUCUGAUACUGACCAUUGUGAUCCUGUGCUGCGUUUGUCGGAAGGCGAGACGGUUCAAGAAAAACUCCUCGAUCAGCGAGAAUGGGUUGAUGAAUUCGAAGAUGGAUAAAUCGACGGAUGGUUCGGUGCUCGACGGGGGUUCGGUCAUAAUGGAGAUGCAGAAAAGCCUGUUGACCGAGGUUAACCCAGUCGAGAAACCUCCGCGGCGGGCGGAUAUAGAGGCGAACGAGAAGGUGGACUACGACGAAGGGCACGAGGUUAAGAAGACACUGCUGGAAGAAACGGGAUUUGCCACUCAGGAUGAGGAAACCGCCUCGGUUGCUCUGUCGGACACAACGCCGCGUUCGAGGGCCGCCUACGUUGAGGAUGGGUACGGUGCCACGCUGCCGCCGGAUCUGCUAGCCUUCCCGUCCACUCGCUUUCCCCAGUCGCCUUCGAUCCAGAGCUCGAUGUCGAACAUCCACGACGGACGAAUAUACGGCAAGUCGCCCCUUUCGAGUCCAAUCUAUCAGCACAGUCCGGGUAUUUUGGGGGCCUCUGCCAGCGGUCAAGUUCCUGCCGGUUUCCGCACGCUGCAGCACCCGAAGACGGGCCGAACGAUAGCGAUCGCAGCGCAGCGAGCAAAUUCACCCUUCACACCGGCGCCCCUCAUCUAUCCCCAGGUGGUGAUGAAGCAAGGUUACGUGACCAUUCCGAGGAAGCCUCGCACCCCCAGUUGGACCCCUUCCGUCACCUCCACGGCAACCACGGCUGAGUUGCUUCCACCCACGAGCCCAACCUCCACCGGAGAACUGCUGGCCGCGGCGGAACCGGUGUACGACAAUCUGGGCCUCCGAACGACGGCUUCCGGGAAUUCGACGCUCAAACUGAACAAAAGCGCCAAGGCUGGACCAAGCAGCAACAGUACGUACAGUAUGAAGAAUCGACCCCUUCCAGCGACGCCCGGUGGACAGAUUGCCACGGGGGCAGCGGCAGCCAACAGCACCAGCAACUACGAAUCGAUUCCAGAAGCGGGAGGAGGAACAGGUGGAGGACAAUCAGCGCUGCUAGCGAAAGCGAUGGCGGCAAACACGUCAACGCUUAGCGGUCUCGAGUCGAUCUACGGCAGAACCACCGGACCCAACAGUAGCAUCCUGAGCAACGGCAGCAACAGCAGCAGCAGUAGGAGUAAAGUUCCCCCACGGCCACCGCCGAAGCCUAAGAAGAAGCCUAGCAUUGCGAGUGGACCGACCGGCAGCAGUGCGCUGGUCAACACGAGCAGCACCAGUCCCUUGUUUGCGGACGAGGGCGAGGACGGAACGGAGGUUUAGUUGCGAUCUCCUCGCGCGGAUCUCGGGCCAGCGGCGCCGCAAUAAAUGACGACGACGACGAAAAUACCGACUAAUUGUCGGUAGUGUGAGUAGCUUUUAAAAGAAAAGAGCAAAAAAAAACUCUUAUAUAUUCGAUAGUAUAUUUGGGGGAAACAUAGUUAAUAGUUAUUUUUUUCUACUCUAUUUAAACGUGCGUAAAUAGUAGGAGUAAAAGAGUGGAAAGCGGAGAAGUAAAACGAUUAGUGUAUAUUGAAAGUGAAAUCGGGAUAAUAGCAUUCAAAGUACUAUUAUGGUUUUUUUUAUAAGAAAACGACAAAAAGUGAACCAUGAAAAAAAAUUCAGCUGACAGAAAUGAUAAAGAUCAAAAAUUUGGAUUAGUAUAAUGUUAUUACCUUAAGUUAGGCUAUAAUAAAGUGGAACGAAAGUGAUGAAGUGAUCGUAAUAAUAGCUAUUUAUUCUAACGGAGGCAAGGUAAACUGCGGACCCGGCGGGGGUGGCUACGAUGAGGAUAGGGAUAGCGAGGGAGGUUGGAAGGGGAAAACGACAAUGGCGAUGAUGGUUCGGAUAGAUUUUUUUUUAAUCGACUGAAUUACGACGGGUGGUAUAUUUACAAAAUAUAGAACUCUGGACGCAGAAGAUACGCUAAUUAAUUUUGUCGUCCCAGCACACGAAUCGUGGUACUUCUCAACCGGAGCGCCCGAGCCCGACAAUUAUUCCGCGACUGACAAAGUGAGGCAAAUUCUUCUGUUUCCAUUAUUUUAAUCUUCAUUGAAAUAUUACUCCACUCUCUAUCUGGCCGUGACUCUGGUGGGGCUGUGGGCUGGACCGGUCUGUGUGAUGGAAGGGAGGAGAGGGAGACCCGGCUGGGAAGCAGUAGAUAAUGACAAGAAAAACAUCCGGCCGUAAUUCGGCGAAAUCAAAAACAAAAGACGGAGGCAGCAAAAAAUUAAUUAAGAAAAAGGGAGCAAUUUUUUGGGCAUUGCCAGGAUUCGAAUUUGGGAUGAAAUUAAGAGCCGCAGGGGCGGCGAAAGCGGCACCAUCACCGUAUUACAUUAAGUUGUUUUAAAGCGGCGGGAAAAAUAUGAGCGCAUCGUAGAUUUCCUUCCAGCGCGCUGUGAGGAAGGAGGUGUGUGCGCGUCGUUUGUUUUCUGCCGCUGAUUGGAAGGCGUCGGAACGUGAAAUCUAGCGGCAGCUGAAGGGGGAAGAGAAGGAGAGUGGCUUCUUUUAUCUGCUCCACAGCUCCUUAGAUUAGAAACUUUUUGAAGGGGGCGUAGAAUCAGCCAGUGAGGAACGGAAAAAAAUGAAUUAAUGCUGAUGAUGGUCGUUUAUCUUCAGAUACUUAGUGUUUUUGUUCUGUGUUUUUUAUUUAGAAAAAUUAUGCGUUUUUAUUAAAGGAUAGAAUUUGUCGGUUGUUGCAAAAUUGCAAUUCGCGUUGACGGCAUUGACGGUUCGUCUUCCAAUUAGUGAGGCGAAAAUGGUUAAGGUUUUCAAUGUGGAAUGAACAAACUUUAAUAUGAAUAUGAUGAAUAAUUUUGUUCCGUAUCAAAUAAGUAUUUUAUAUGGUAGAUUAACAGGCUUUUGUAAGCUUUGGAAAAACGUGAUUGUUUCUGAAAAUUAUUUUGUAUUACAAUGAACAGUUUUAGACUAAACCAUUUGUCUAUACAGGCAAACCUGUUAUUGUGCGGUCCCUUUUCGCGUGAUUCCUCUUUUGUGCGAUUUUAUUACGACAUCGGGUGUUGAAUCACACAAACUAAUCGCACAAAUAAUAAUAUCGCAUCUGAACAGUCACACAAAUGAGAAAUCACACGAAAAUCAACCGCACAAAAACAGGUUUUUCUGUACUGUCAAAUCAGGAAUACAUAUUUUAAUAAUUUCAAAAACUUUCAUACAAAUUUUAACAUUUCAAACCUGGUUUUGAGCCAUCUCAUCCUGAGACAUCUAACCUGCAAUUGCAAUUAGUUUCGUUUUAGGUUUAGUAACAGAUGAAUGAAUUCUUUGAAUAUAAAUUUACAAGUGUAUGAACAAAAAAGGAUUGUCAUAACUGGUGAUUUUAACAUUGAUUGGGACGAGCAUAGGAAAUCUUUUGAAUUAAAAGCAAUCACCCAAGUCGCUGGAUUCAGACAAAGAAUUAGUGAUCACACUAGAAAAAACCAGAACAUCUUCGACGACCACUGACUUAGUUUUUACGAAUUUUGACGAUGGUGUGAUUGAAAUUUUUUAUAAUAGCAAACUAUCGGAUCAUGAAACAAUUGGUAUGGUCUACCAUUUUUCUGAUGUUGACUUUU